GCCAGAUUUAUAUUGAGAUGGUGUUCAUUGUGUACUCCGACGACUCACCAACAUAUAUAGAUUUUUAUGUUUGUAUGAAGAUGGCUGGAAUUGGGGAGCUAGCUGCAGGAGGUGCAGUAGGACUAGCAUUUUCAUUGCUGUAUAACGCUGCAAGCGCGCUGGUCAUCGAAUCCAAUCAGUUUAAACCCCGUCUCGAACAGCUCAUGGUCACGUUAAACAGCUUAAUACCAUUGAUCAAAGAGAUAGAAGAUGGUAACAGGGAACUGGAUCGUCCCAAUGAAACAGUAUAUCUUCAAAGGAAACUGGUGAAGGGCAAAGAGCUCAUUGACAAGUUGUCCAAAGUUGGUGGUUGGAAUUUGUUCAAACCUUACUACAGCAGACAGCUUGUUGAAUUGGAUAGUUCUCUCAACGGGAUGUUGCAGAGGCUAAUACCAGUGGGAGUAAGGGAUGGCCAAGAUAUAUUGAUUGAAGUAAGGUCCAUAAAGCGCAUGAUGAUCCAAAAUGGGCUGCAUGAUGAUCAGGUACAGAAUCAAAAUCCAGUUGGUGAUGGUGAAACUAGAGCUACAUCACCUUAUCCACCAUCUUCCCCUAUUGGAUUAGAUGAGCCUUUAAGGGAAUUGAAGAUGAAGCUUCUUCAUAAUGAUCAAGUGUCAAUGCUUACGGUAACUGCUCCCGGAGGCUCCGGGAAAACCACUUUGGUGCAAAUGUUUUGUAAUGAUCAGGAAGUAAAAGAAAAGUUCGACAACAGAAUCUUCUUUGAAACUGUUUCGAGCAAACCCAACUUAGAUGAGCUGGAAACAUCUCUGGAGAAAUUUCGAAAGGAAGUAGAAGGAAAUGCUGCACUGCUGGUGCUGGAUGAUGUUUGGCUUGACUCAUCAAGAACCCUUCUUGAAAAGAUACAUCAACGCAGCGAAUGGUCAAGUUACAAGACUCUUGUGACAUCAAGAGAAUUUCCAAAAUAUGGUUCCCAUUUUCCUUUAAAUCCAUUGACAGAUGAUGAGGCAAUGACUCUUCUCAAGGAAUCUAUAUCCCCGGAGAAUUCCUCUGGUACUGCAGAUGAACUUCUGGAACAGAUAAUAAAGUACUGUAAGAGAUAUCCACUUGCCAUUACAGUGGUUGGAAAAUCACUUUUCAGGGAGAGUAUAGAGAUGUGGAAAGAAAAAGUAAUAGAAUGGUCUAAGAGUUCUAUUCUCGAAGAUCAAGCUAUUUUGCUUGACCGCCUUCAACCCAGCUUAGAUGUUUUGGGUGAAGAUGGCGCUAUCAUCAAGGAAUGCUUCAUAGACCUUGCUUCACUUCCUGAAGAUGGGAGAGUCUCUGCUGGUGUGCUCAUUGAUGUGUGGGCAGAGCUACAUAGCCUACCUGAAAAUGGGGCUAUUGUGAGAUUGCAGCACCUGAACAAUCGUAAUCUGGCCAAACUUGUUAUCACAAGCAAGGAGAAAGAGUAUGUGGAUGGCUGCUACAGUGAAUAUUUUGUUACGCAGCAUGAUAUGCUUAGAGAGCUGGCAUUGCAUCAGAUUCGUCUGGACCCUAAAGGAGAGAGCAAAAGACUGAACAUAGACAUCUGUGGAGAUCAUCCUCCGCAACGGUGGAUACAAAAUAAAAAUAAGCUGGAGGAAACUCGUUUGUUAUCUAUAUCGACAGAUGGCGAGUUCUCAUCAAAAUGGGACAACAUACAUCUAGCAAAAGCUGAGGUUUUGAUUCUGAAUUUUCAGACAAAGAACUAUGCUUUUCCCAAAUUGAAUAGAAAAAUGUCCAAGGGAUUAAAGGUUCUGAUAGUCAGAAACAAUGGUUUAUCACCUGCUGAUAUGAGUAAUUUGGAACUGAGUUCUUUGCCUAAUCUGAAGAGAGUCAGAUUAGAGCGCAUUUCCAUUUCUUCCAUAAGCUUGAAGAAAAAGAAAAAGCUGAGAAUUCUUGAGAAGAUAUCUUUGUUCAUUUCUUCCAUAAGCUUGAAGGAAAAGAAAAACUUGAGAAGUCUUGAGAAAAUAUCUAUGUUCAUGUGUAAAACUGGCCAAGCUUUCAGCAACAGUUCAAUCCGAUUUUUUGAGGCAAUGCCAAGUCUGGUGGAGGUAAACAUUGACUAUUGCAAUGAUUUAAAGGUACUGCCUGCUGAUCUCUGUGGUCUUCAGCGCCUAAAGAAGCUUGUUAUCACCAACUGUCAUAACCUAUCUUCCUUGCCUGAAGAGAUUGGAAAGCUGAGCAACUUAGAAGUCCUAAGGCUACGGUCUUGCACAGAGCUGGAAACUUUAAACGACUCGAUUACAAACCUCAAGAUCUUAAACUUCCUCGACAUAUCUGAUUGCUUCAGCAUUAAGAUGUUGCCUGAAGACAUUGGUCAGCUGAGCAAAUUGAAGACGAUCAACAUGAGACAGUGCAAAAGAUUACAGGGGUUGCCUACAUCAAUCUGGGAGCUUGAGAACACAUUGAAGGAAGUAAUAUGUGAUGAAGAGACUGAAGAGUUAUGGGAACCUUUCAGAAUGAUCAAGGACUUGCGCAUAACAGUGGUCAAAGAAGAAUUCAACUUACGUUGGCUCUUUGGUCAUUGAUCUUAGUCUUGAGAUGUGUCUUGAGAAUAUGUUUGAGUGAAAAGAUAAUAAGGACAUUACCUAUGAGCUUGUAAGGAUUUGAGUUGUAACUGUAUUUAUCAAGUGUGAUUUUGGA